GUACUUUUGAAAGUAUUCACUCUUUCUAUCUUCCUCAAUAACAAUUGAUUGCCAUUUUUUCCUUUUUCAGUUUGAUUGCUCGAAGGGUAUCAGUUUUAUGGAGGAGCAAUUUUUCAUAAUGAAACCAGAAGAGGUUGUUACUCGCUCAUUCUACUUGUAUCCAAGAACAGAUCAAGCUGCAAAAUAUGAAUGUGCAGCAAUUCUAAAAGCUUCUGAUUUUAAUGAACUUGAUCGGGCAGAGUGCCAGUUCACCACAACCGCUACAGUUCUUGAUAAUGGAACACAGAUCAUUCCUGCUUAUGAAUCAGAGAAGAACAGCAUAAGAGGGUUUUUUAAAGCUAUUGGGAAAAUGUGGCAUAAAUUCUGGGAUGGUGUGGUUGAUUUCUUCAUUGGUAAAACAUGCAGAUACAAAUGCACAAGUUUCUUUGAUUUUCGCUGCCACAUACAAUACAUAUGCAUGAGCUGGAUCUUGAUGUUUACAUUGCUUCUAGCAAUCUUCCCAACAGUUAUUGUGCUACUCUGGUUGUUACAUCAGAAAGGAUUCUUUGAUCCAUUAUAUGACUGGUGGGAUGACAGAUUCAUGUUAGGCAGCCACAGAAGAAGAACAUAUUCAAAGCAUGGUAAAGAAUUCGGACAAUCUCGCACUCAUGCUAAAUAUGAUCAACAUCUUGCACGCCAUAAUGACGGUAAAUACCAUCUCAACAUGAAGAGAAAACGGCAAAGCAGUCAUUCACACCAUGUUCUUCACAAAAAUCAUUAUCCUGAUGUCUAUCAACAUAAGCUUGAUCAUCAUCACCGUCUCCAUGUUCAUAAAGCUAGACAAAAACAUAGACAUGGAAAAGGCAAUGGCAAUGCACAUGAUUCACUUAAGGCAAUCAAAAUUCAUGGAGACAAACACAAGAGGCACACCCAUGGUCACAACAGGAUACAUGAAUUGCAUGCUGGUUAUAAUUCUGAAGAGGAGUGAUUGUGCACUUCUUUAUACAUUUCUUUUGGUUUUUGUAUUAUUUUCCUUUUUAUAUCAUGUGUUGUUUAUAUGGUUUUACUGAAAUAUUCUGGUUUUAUAUGCACAUAUUACU